AUGACCUCAAACAUCACCUCGAAUGACGCAGUCGUGUCGGAGCGCUUGAUUGCGAAAUACAACAUCACCGAUGUCGGCAUCGAGUUUCUCACGGAGAUUACAAACCCUGGAUUGCGCCGCAGCGAGGACUGCCUUACGCUCAACGUAUGGACCAAGCCUCAGAGGGGAGAGAAGCGCAAGGCUGUACUCGUCUGGCUUCACGGUGGCAGCUUUGUCGUUGGAUCAUCGGCAAUCCCUUCCUACAAUGGUCAGUUCUUUGCAGACCAGGAAGACGUCGUCCUAGUGACCAUCAAUUACCGAUUGAGCAUCUUCGGGUACCCUGGAAACCCGCUCGGGGAUCAAAAUCUGGGCCUCCUAGACCAGCGUCUUGCCGUAGAAUGGGUUCGCGACAAUAUCGCAAGCUUUGGGGGUGAUCCCACCCGCAUCACGCUGUUUGGCCAGUCCGCCGGAGGCGUCUCAAUCGACGAUUACACGUACGCUUGGCCAGACGAUCCCAUCGUGCAUGGCGUCAUUGCACAAUCCGGAACCAGUCAAGGUAUUGGCACACGAACAACAUCAGAGGCCGCUGAGCUCUGGUUCAAUGCUUCCCGUGCCGUUGGCUGCGGGGAUCAAAGCACGCCCGCUCGGCAGGUGCAGGAGUGCAUGUUGCGCAAGCCUGCUGAUGCCCUCGCCAAAGUACUCGUGGCCACCGUCAACAGUCCCGUCACGAUGCCGUACUGCCCAACCAUGGACAAUAAGACUGUGUUUGAGGAUUUGAGCAGGCGCAUGCCAGCCCGUCUGCCCAUGCUGAUUGGAAACACCGACUUUGAGGGCGGGCUGUUUGAGCUCUUCACCGAUGCACCAGUGCCGCCAGGCUAUUGGAAGCAGGAUAGCCGGCGGAUGUUUGAGUGCCCAGCAGCCAGGCGUGCUGACCGGUCGCUAAAGCACGGAAAUCCUACCUGGAGAUACCGGUAUCACGGCGUCUUCCCAAACAUGGAGCUGUCAAAGAACCCACCGAGCGGCGCGUACCACGAAGCUGAGGUGCGACCAAUGUUCAAUACCGCACUCCAAGACAGGGUACAAAGCACAGAUGAGGAGAUCGCCCUCGGCAAAUACCUGCGAGAGACAUGGGCGGCGUUUGCAAAAGAUCCCGUCCAUGGCCUUGAACGCUAUCAAUGGCCACGGUACAAUCCCAAUGAGACGACACUCAUCCGACUAGGCUACAACAAUAAGAUUGGGCCAAAUCUCGCGAUGGGCAACUUGUACGACUGGGACUGCUAG